AUGGCGUCCGCGACAGAACAGAGCUUUAAGCAGAAGAUUCUGGAAGAAGAUCUGUGCUGUGGGAUCUGCCAGGAAACGUUCCGGCGCCCCAAAGCGCUACCUUGCCUACACACGUUCUGCGAGGAGUGUCUUACAGAGACGGCUAAUCUUGGAGACCUUUGCUGUCCUCUGUGCCGCCGUGAGGUGCCGUUAUCGACAGACGGUGUAGCAGGCCUCCCGGAUAACUACCAACUCUCGGAGCUGUGCAAGAAAUUCUCCGAGCUACCAGCUGACCAGGAGGAAGAUGAAUCACCGCGCUGUGAUUACCACCCUUCCAACGAAGUACGACUUUUCUGCAAGGGCUCAAAAUGCAACGUUCCUAUCUGUGUUCAGUGCUUUGAAGAUUCUCACAGCGACCACAAGGUUGUGCCAGUGAAACAGGCAGUCGAGAAGCGCAUGACAAAAGUCAAUCCGUUGCUAAAGGAGAAGAAGACGCAGAUAGAAGAACUUCGCGAGUAUCUGAAGGAAAUUCGACACCUGGAGUCCCAGAUCACUGACGCGAAGUGCUUGAGCGAAAAGAACAUUCUGGACUCAUACACUGAAAGGGCGAAGCUACUCGCCGAAGACAAGGACAGGCUUCUUAGCGACGUUCAGAGAAGCUAUCAAGACGCCAUGAAGGACGUAAAUGCCGAGAAAGACGCUGUCUUACAGCAGCUGAAAGACUUGACGGACGUCGUCGAAGAAGUUGAACAGACCAAAGAAAAACACGCACUCAAGUUUCUCCGUCAUGAACCAGACGAACUUCGUGAUAAACUGGAAGAAACCAAAGUAGACCCCAUUUUCGCUCCUUUGGAAGUCACGGCCACCAUUUGUCGUCCACACAAAAUCAAAAAGGAACAACUGGUAAAUGGGGAGUUGGUGUCAGAAGUCUUCACCGCGAAAACUCGGUGGCAGGCUGUCGUCAUGCUCUUGUCUCACGUCAAACUGAGAGCGUUCACGGUGGUAGAAACGGUGUACAACGACUUGAAGUCAAUGAAGCAGUGA